GUUUAUAUACAAUCUAACUGGAGGAGAGUCUGUGUCGGUGCUCGGAGGGAAUUCCUUCACUGAAAACCCCCACCAACCUCUAACGGUCACGACUUUCAUUUUCUAGCUAGACCAUUGUAUAUCCAAAUUCCACUCUCCUUAGUCCAUAAACGGAAACACUAAAAUUCAAAAAGUCUCUGAUAGAAAAUUAGACAUAUAAAAUAUAAAUACCUUUGAAGAUGGCGCGUGCAAUUCUUGCGUGUGUUUUGGGGUGUCUGCUCAUGGCGUGCUUCAGCCUGGGUCACCGCAUGCCCAAUUUCGUAGCCCAGGAUGACCUCAACGACGGCCAGCACGAGAUCCGAAUUCACUUCAACGGGGUCAACGCCAAGCAAACGUCAGUGGGACAUGACCAAGGAAGCGAGAGCGGCCUCGUCCUCCGCCAGAUAAGUCACCACCGGCAUCUGCUGACCCUCAUCUACGUGGGCGAGGUGACGGACCGCAUCAGCGUGGACGGUCUCUCGCUCAGGGACUGCGAGCUCACUUCGGAGAACGAGGAGGUGGAGAGGUUCAUGCGCGGGUUCAAGGAAGAUGCGGAGCUCGCUAUGGACACGCCCAAGGGAUCUUGGUCAGGGCCGCUUCAUAACGUAUCUUUUGUACACCUGUCCGAGGAGGCUGAGCUUCCGGAAUACCUGAGGCCUGUCGUUCACUUCCGGCAGCUGAGGGCCCAGUGCAAGGACCACCACCGUCGCGUGCGGACCGGCGUGAAGGCGGAGAGGCGGGCGCACAGGAGCCACGAGCCGGCCAGCGUAACGCGAGAAGAGAACAGCGAGCUCGGAGUCUCCCACGCCAGGUCUCGGCGCUCGGUUCUCGACAGCCUGAGGUUCCCGGCGACCAAGUGGUGCGGCGUCGGGUAUUCUGCGUCCGUGUACGGCGAGCUCGGGGGCGAGUCCAGCACGGACAUGUGCUGCCGGCAACACGACCUCCAUUGCCCUUACUACAUCACCUCCUUUGAAAAGAAAUACGGGAUCGUGAACUGGGGUAUUGGCACCAUUAACCACUGCGCCUGCGACGAGAGGUUCCGCGCGUGUCUCCGCAAGUCGAAGACGGGCGCGUCCAACAUGGUGGGCACCGUGUUCUUCGACGUCGUCAAGACCCGCUGCUUCGUGUUCAAGAUGGAGAAGACCUGCAAGAAGUGGUCCUGGUGGGGCAGGUGCGAGAAGUACGGCAUGGAGAAGGUCGCCAGCCUGCGCGACCCCAUCCCCUGGAGCUCCUGAAUUCACUGAGACGGGUUUCAAGAAUUAGAAGCCGGACUCGACCGCCACGGAGGAGACGGAGCGACGAAUCUUCUUGGCGGGUCGGAGAGGUCUGGCAUAUUUCGGUGUUCGAAUCAGCGGGAAAUAGGAUUUGAAGGAUGGACCGUAGUCCUUGUCCGACCUGUUUCUCAAGACUGUAAGGCAGGAAGACGCAGCGGAUGAUUCUAGCUACAUUUUCGGCCAUCUUCUAAUACCCUUUCUUAACUCCCCCUCACCCUUCAGCCUUUCAUACCUGGAGGAUGAGCCUCGUCUCCAGCCUCCCACCCCCUUCUCCCUCACCUCUCCCUUCCUAUCCCUCCCUCCCUCCCUCCUUGUCCUCCUCCUUCGCUUGUUCCUUGUCCCCCCCUCCCCCUUCAAGAGGAUCUGCCCCUCCGAGCCGCGUUGUUACCAAAGAAGGAAAGGCGUCCCCAGGAGGAGGCCGGUGCGAGUCCAAGCGAGUCCCUUGUGGUUCCUAGCGAGUUCCUAGCGCUCCACCCAGGAGGCCCUUCGCGGACGCCUCGCUGUGCCAUGUGUCAGUAUGGACCAGACUCUUCUGUGUUCCAGUUUGAAGGUACCUGAGCGAUCAUCUCUACAAAAGUAAAGGCGUAUAUAGGUUUAUAGAGGAGUUUAGUACAGGUAUAUAUAUGUGUGUGCGCAUGGAAGUGUGUAUGCGGUUGCGUUUGUGUAUAUGUAUAUGUAUAUGUAUAUGUAUAUAAUAUAUAAUAUAUAUAUUAUAUAAAUAUA